CACGUAAGCAGUGCCAUGUAAGCAGUGCCACCUAAGCAGUAACAAUGCCACGUCAGCAAUGCUCCGCCACCAUGACGGGCGCAGCUCUGGGCAUGCCAGGCCAACUGGCCAACGAGUCUAUUGCCGACUACAAACAGCGGUUCCAGACUCAGCUCGCACUGAUCGAGGCUGAGGAACAGCGGCAGCUGGCAGUCGAGGCUGCCCGCCUACAGGUUGAAGCAGCAGCAACAGCUGAGAAGCAGCGGCUUCAGGCCGAAGCAGAUGCAGAUACCCAGGCACGCCGAAAGGAAGCCCAGGAUCUGCUGCAGCGGCAUGAAGCCGCCAGCAUCGAAAGACUCAAGUAUUGGCAUUUUGAACCAUCUGAAGGGCACGACAACACGACACCGGAGGAACAACACAGGGAAUUCAUGGCCAAACUCGUGACUCGGUUGGACUUGGAGCAAGUUGUACCAAGACCGGAGGCUGGCGAGUCCAGCAGUGCACCCUCUACCCACCAACUGGAGGAACGCGUCGACCACGUCGUCGCAAUGCUCGGCGACAUCAGCACCUUCGAGGCGCCAACCACCAUCAACAAACAGUUGGAUACCUUGAAGACCGAGGUUCAGCAACUGCAGCUGCCUAACAAGGAUGGCAACAGCACAACGCAUUACAAGAUGCCGACAUUCCAAAUUGAGAAGUUCGAUGACUACACGCAUCAAGACCCGGUCCUCUGGUGGGAAGGCUUUACGACACAACUUCGGAUUCUGUUCGUCGCCAAGCACGCGUACAUCGGCGCCCUGUUUCUCAACUCAAAGGGCGGAUGCCAGACCUGGUUGAGCCACCUGGCAUCCACCCACGACGUCGACGUCGCAGAUCUGAAAGACAAGAUAUCAUGGGAAGAGUUAACACGGCUAUGGAAGAAGCGGUUCAUCGUGGACGACGCACCUGCACUUGCCAUCAACCGUCUCUUCGGCAUGACGCAAGGCAACACAGCAACACGUGAUUGGCUCAUGGAAUGGCAGAAGAUCGCGGCAACGCCCGGUCUCGACUUGCCAUUUUCGCAUCUGCGCCGCAAGUUCUACAACAGGUCAUGUGCUGCAUUGAGCCUCACACUUGGUGAUCGCGAGCAAUAUGCAACCUUCGCUGAGAUCAUUGACAAGGCGAGGGAGAUCAUCAAGACCAACAGGACGGCUGCACACGAGAAGUCAACGUGGCAGCCAACCUAUGUAAAGAAGGUGAAAACUGGUCUGCGACCGCAGCACUUCGCUGCAGUCCAAUCGGACAACAUUGUGGAAGACCCGGCAGCCACCCAAGCGUCACGUGAGGGAGAUCAGGUGGCUGUUAUCCAGCCGCGAAGCAACAACAAAAGAUCCGAGGAAACGGGAAGCACCAAGCACAAGACCUCCCUCUGCCAGGAUCAGGGCAAGGAGGAUGUUCGGCCUCGUAUCAACUCGGGAAACCGAGUUCCGCGGGAGGUGAGGCGACUCCACCUCCCACUCCGCCCAGAUUCGGCCGCCUUGCUAGCGGCCUCCUAUACAUCUGGGGAGGAUGCGAAUGUCGUAAGUUCUCGGUAUGCUUACGAGGACUAUGCUGUCCACUUGGUCCCACCGCUGGACCAACCGCUCCACGUGCAACAAUCUACCGCAUGCACGGUUUCAUCACCAUCGGCAACCGAUUCGGCAGCUUCGCCGCCAUCUACCGCCGGGGAUUCAACGUCUUGGUCAAGACUUGAAGAGCUCGACCCGUUGACGUUUGCGGACUUCCAAUGGAUGCCCCUUCCUCGGUCCGGUCGAUUGCUGAAACCGCAUUGCAACGUGCUCAUGGCACAAUUGCGGGAUUACUUGCACACUGCAGUACCAACUCCGUUGAUGGACGUCGGAGUAGAGGUUGUCGACCUUCACGCCUACAUUGCGAAGAUCGACCGCGAGUUCAAGACGCAACGAGGCGACCUGCAGCGUUUUGAUCGAUUGCGGAGCAUCUCGCAACUACAUGAGCCAGGACUUUAUGGUACGCGCCGUCCUUGGCCCACGCGUCCGGAGGAAGUCCCAGCAGACGCAAGUCGCGUUGGCGGACAGUCGCACGCACAAGUCAACGGUGCAUUGAUGACGUCCCCGUGUACUUUGCCCCGCACGCGAGCGAGGCGAGUGUCCUUCGAUAUUUUGGACACCAAAUUCGACAUGAUCUUAGGCAUGUCAUGGCUGCGAAGCGAGGAUCACCCGGUGAUCUUCUACCGCCGCACCGUUCACGUUCGUGAUCGGAACGGAGUACUAGUCCCAUGCACGGUAGCUCCUCCUCACCCUUCAAUCAGUUGUCACAUGGUGUCCGCCGCAAGCAUACGAGCUUCCAUCAUCAGAGACGACAUCGAGGAGAUGGGGGUGUGUUGUCUCCACGCCCUCCCACCGCAUGACGCUUCAUCUAAGGACUCAUCUUCGGACCCACGCAUCACCGAGUUUCUCGACACCUACGGCGACAUGUUCGAAGGCCCGCACGGAGUAGUACCGGAUCGGCCCAUCCGCCACGAGAUCAUCCUCGAGGACGGGGUCGUACCUCCGCGCGGUUGCAUCUACCGAAUGAGCGAGGAAGAGUUAAGUGUGCUUCGCGCACAACUCGACGACCUUCUGGAGAAAGGCUGGAUUCGGCCUAGCUCAUCGCCAUAUGGUGCUCCUGUUCUCUUCGUCCGGAAGAAGAAUAAGGAUUUGCGAUUGUGCAUCGAUUAUCGCAAGCUCAACGCACAAACGAUCAGAAACGCCGGCCCUCUCCCACGCAUCGACGACCUUCUCAAACGACUGGGCGGCGCCAAGUUCUUCUCCAAGUUGGACCUCAAAUCGGGAUAUCACCAACUCGAGAUUCGGAAGGAGGACCGCUACAAGACCGCGUUUAAGACGCGAUAUGGGCAUUUCGAAUGGCUGGUUAUGCCAUUUGGCCUUACGAAUGCCCCGGCCACUUUCCAAGCGGCUAUGACAACGGAGUUCCGACACAUGCUGGAUCGAUUCGUACUUAUCUACCUCGACGACAUCCUCGUGUACAGCUGGAGUUUGGACGAGCAUGUGGAACACCUGCGCACCGUUUUGGAGCGGCUACGACAAGCCAAGUACAAAGCCAACCACGAUAAAUGCGAAUUCGCGCGGCAGGAGCUUGAGUACUUGGGACAUUAUGUGACGCCGCAAGGCAUCCGUCCGCUUGCAGACAAGAUCGAGGCCCUCCGCGUAUGGCCCGAGCCCACCAACACCACGGACGUUCGUUCAUUCAUGGGGUUGGCGGGCUACUAUCAGCGAUUCAUCACCGGAUACUCAAGGAUUGCUGCACCUAUGACGAUAUUACAAUCGCCAAAGGUGCCAUUCGUAUUCGAUGACGACGCACGCCGGUCAUUCCAAGCACUUAAGAUGGCCAUGCUCAUGGCACCCGUCCUUAGCAUCUAUGACCCCACCCUGCCUAUGAGAGUGACAACUGACGAUUCCGGCUAUGGCAUUGGGGCAGUCUCAGAACAACACGACGACGACGACUGGCACCCUGUGGAAUACUUCAGCCACAAAGUGCCUCCCAUCAACUCGCUUGAUGAUGAAAGGAAGAAGGAGCUGCUCGCGUUCGUGAUGGCUCUCAAGCGAUGGCGGCACUUCCUCCUUGGGCGUCGUAGGUUCACAUGGGUUACGGACAACAACCCAUUGACCUACUACAAGACGCAGGAUACGGAAUGUAGGAAGGAAGUGUUGGCCCAGCCAGAUGACAAGCCCAAGUGGGAUAAGGUGUUGGGCUACCUAGAGGUGCUGAGCAACGCCUGGAUGGAGGAGCGCCAGGCCAGUUGGAGCCAAGACGUAGCGUUGAGUGCCAUGCUGUCGGGGUUCAAAGACUUUGCGCGCGAGAUCGUCACUCACAUUGGGGGCGAAGUCAGACAACUCAGGGACAACGUAGGGAAAUUUUGUGAGGGCGCUAUCGAGGGCGCCAAAGCAAUAGCCACUGUAGAGGGCGAGGCUAGACCCCGUAAAGAGCCUGUAAAGCUCAAGUUCCCAGAUGCGUACGGGGGAAAGGAGGAAAACUUUGACAACUGGGAGACCAGUGUCAACAGUUACAUAUAUCUACAACACAUCCUGAUUGAGGAGCAAGUCCUCGUCGCUUUCCAGGCCCUCAAAGAUGAAGCGGCCAGUUUUGCUAGGUCCCUUGCGCGCGCAGCCGGUUGUGAGAACAACCUGGUUGCUUACUCCAAAGUCACCCCCCUUCCUCAGUUCCUUAAGCUCCUGAAGGAGCGGUUCGCUGACCCAACGAGAAGUAUCAACGCGAAGAAGUGCAAGUGGGCCAAGACACAAGUCCUGUACUUGGGCCACGUAUUAGACGGAGAUGGCAUUAAGCCAAAGGAUAGCAAGAUAGCGACGAUUAGAGACUGGCCGACGCCCCGCACAUUGACUGAGUUGCGGUCGUUCCUAGGCCUAGCUAACUACUACAGAAAGUUCGUGAGGAACUUCUCCACUAUCGCCGCUCCCUUGCGCAGGUUGCUAAAGAAAGAGGCAAUCUGGCAAUGGGACAAAGACUGUAUGUCCGCGCUCAAGAAGUUAAAGUGCACAUUAAUAGAGUAUCUUGUCCUCAAAGUAGCUGAUCCGUCCUUGCCAUUUGUCGUCACCACCGACGCAAGUCAAUAUGGGAUAGGCGCCGUGUUGCAGCAGGAUGACGGUCAUGGCUAUAGACCUGUAGAGUUCAUGUCCGCGAGGAUGCCCUCAGAAAAGGUAGCCACCUUGACGUACGAGAGAGAACUCUACGCUCUCAGGCAGGCUCUAGACCAUUGGAAGCAUUACCUACUUGGGAGGCACUUCAAAGUGUAUUUUGAUCAUGAGACCCUUAGAUGGUUAAAGACCCAGGCCAAGAUGACACCUAAGCUAACUAGGUGGGCCGCUGAGAUAGACCAGUACGACUUUGAGCUCAAGCCAGUAAAGGGCAAGUACAACGUAGUUGCGGACGCUCUGAGUAGGAGAUCAGACUACUUUGGAGCCAUAAUACACUAUUUGGAUAUAGGGAGAGACCUGCAGGAGAAAGUGAAGCAAGCGUAUGCGCAGGACCCUAUCUAUAGCGACCUCCUAAGGAAAGUUAGAGAGGCCCCAGAGACUGAACCAGAUUACCGCACUACAGACGGGUUGCUGUUUGAGAAGACUAAUGUGUUUGACCGCCUGUGCGUUCCCAACAGCGAGGAGAUCCGCAGUCUGAUUUUAGGGGAAUGUCACGAUACUAGGGACAUUUCGGUUGGCAAAAGACAUUAGCCAAUCUGAUGCGGUGUACACCUGGCCAGGGAUGAAGAAUGACUGCGUAGAGUAUGUCCGCAGUUGUG